GUAGGCUGCGAACGUCCCCCUUUUAUAACCUCAAAAAUGCGCGAGAAGUACCAAGUCUGAUGGUGUAGGAAGCUAAUUUAAUAUUUUAAUUGGUGAUAAAGUGCACAGUAUUCCGCCAUGCCGUCAAAAAAGAGAAAAUACAACGCCAGAUUCCCAGCGGGGCGAAUCAAGAAGAUCAUGCAGACUGACGAGGAAGUGGGGAAAGUGGCGCAGGCGGUGCCUAUCAUAAUUUCGCGCACCCUGGAACUCUUCGUGGAGUCGCUCCUCAGCAAGGCGAUGCAAGUCACGAUGGCGCGCAACGCCAAGACGCUCAGCCCCAGCCACGUCAAGCAGUGCAUCCUGGGCGAGUCACGGUUCGACUUCCUGCGAGACCUGGUUAAGAAUAUCCCAGACGUGUCGGUGGCUGAAGAGAAAGAAAUGAUGAGUGCAGAAAGCUCACCCAAUUCUUCAAGAUUUUCAGACGCAUCAGUGCCACCCCGCAGGGUAGUGAGAGAAGACUCAAACAGUUCCAGCAGCUGUGAUACCAGGGUGCCGCCCCCUCUCGUGCCCCCCGCAAACCCCCUCCGACGGGGCUUGUCUUCAGAAACCGAACUACCUCACAGAACGCACCGGACCGAGACCGUUACUUCAACCAUAGUCUCCUCCGACACCGCCAUAGACCUAACCAAACGACACGUCGAGGAAAAACCGGUCAGAACGGCCAACUUCUACCAAGAAACCUUCUUAACAGACGACGCUACGCACAGAACGGUCAUCACCGUUAACCCCACGUAUGCUAGCCCUCAACCUUCAACCAGCUACACUGAUAUGACCCCUGUGGAGCCUUUACAUAGACUAGAAAUUCCAGUGCCAAAACCAACGACGGAAUUCGUCGACGUGAAUCCCACUCCACCCCCUAGGACGCCGUCGACGCCUAUUCUAAAUAUAGACUUCUCGAAAAAUCUCACCAAACCAGAGAUACGCGUUUUAGAUACAGCGAUCGCUGGCAUCGUGACCGUUCCGCCGAAGAACGCUCCAAAGUUACAGAGGCAGAACUCGAAACCUCAUAAGCCUGAAAGUAAGAAAAUCGACGUCAAACCCGCCAGUCAGCCGGUUGACAUAGACCAUUUAAAUUCUGGUAACCUACAAAUAGAUGAGGAUUACGAUACCUGAGCAUUUUAGGGUUAUUGUUUUGUUUCUAUUAUUUAAUACACGGCAGUUGUUAUUCAAAUUUUAAUGUACAUACCGUGUGUUUGUUGGAAAUUAUUUAUGUACAUAAUUACCAUCAUUAUUAAAUUAAUUGUCUUUAAUUUUCAUGCAUUCACAAAAAUUUUGGGAUUAAUCAUAUUUCGGUAAGCUUAGCUGUUAAUAAAUUCGAUUAAAAUAAGCCAAAUCAUGUUCGUAAUAUCGACGAAUCAUAACUUUUUAUAGCGACCUAAUUAGAAUAAAAGUAAAGGCCAGACUCCAUAACUUCUGCAGUGUGGAGGUUGGAAUGAAGAAAUUAUUCAUACCACAGAAAGGAAUGACAGUAUUAACGAUGUCAAUAUUAAAACCCGAUCGGCUACCUGCGUACCUCGCUGGAAUGCGACUCUCCCUCUCACUUACCCUCUCACAUCUCCCGCGUUCGUUCGGUCCGUACCAAAGCGGCGAUGUGACGUCACGGCCGCCAGAUGCGCAGUUUAACUCGAGCGGGUUGUACUCGGGGCUUAGUGUGUUUAUAUCAAACGUAUUCGAUAUUGACUGCGUAAAAAAAAUCGCAGAGACGAUGGCCGUUGGGGCAGAAAAGUUCU